AUUUAUACGUCAAAUUAUAUUAUAUAAUUUUUGUACUCCGCGUUACAUCGUAUAGCGGAGUACCUUUGUCAUAGCGUUAUUAUCUUUCAAAACCUGUUUUGAAUGCUCGAGUGAUUCGAGAUCAGAUAUAAAUAAGAUUUUUGGCGGUAAGAAAUUAGUUCUAGCGAUUCACUCUGUGCGGUGACAUCGUUACAAGCCGGAACAAUGGACACCUCGGACCGCAGCAGUUAUGAUGAUCGGUGGGGAAUGAAAAAUUCUAGAAUCCAGUCUAUGAUAGACGACAGGAUGAAGGCGUCUUUAGAGGAACACAAAACUUCAAUGCUUACAGAUAUGGAGAAAAUGCUAGAAAAGAUAAGUGGAAAUUCUAAUUUUGAGCAAAUGAAUAAGAUUUCAAGCAUAUUGAAAGGCACACAAACUUUUAAACGGAAGUCAAAUGAAGAGCAGUUUAAAUACAACUCCAAGGUUAGCAUCGCUCUAGAUGAAGCAGAUCAUUUGAUACAAUCAAACAAAUUGCAGGAGUCCAGACAAAAGAUCGCUGAAGCAAAAGAAAUGAUAUCUCAUAGACAAAAGCUCAUACGCUUAGCGGACUCGUCAGAACUGGGGUGGAGGGUAGUAAACGAGUAUGAAUCCAACCCAUUAGCCAGCGAUUCCGACGAUGAAAAAAGGAUUUUCAAGGCUGAGACGAGGGCGAACAAAAAGUUAAAGGCGGAGAAAGCUAAGAGAUCUCGUGGCAGUAGAUCAUGGCCAUACCGGAAGCCAACUACAGCAUCGGCCGGCAAUGUACAAGUUUCUAAUGCUACACAACAAACGCCUCGUAGACCAGGAUUGUGCUUCGCCUGCGGGAAGCCAGGCCACUGGAAAGGAUCGUCGGAAUGUUCUGCGAACAGUUCCAAUAAUAAGAUAAGUAGUUUUAUUAGCAAUAAUUUUCAAAACGAAAAUUUAUUUCGGAUUAAAGAUCCAGAUAUCUCAUUUUCACAAAGUAAUAAUGUGGUGAAAGAGAGUGACGUCAUAACUGAAAAAAGUAUGACGGAGCAAUCGUCUCCGGUAGGUAGACUGAAGCAAAAUUUGUCCAAAUGGAGAGAGGCUUCAGACAGUACUUUUAUAUUAAAUGUAGUAGAAAAAGGCUACAAGUUGCCUUUUAUGAGUGUUCCAGACAGUGUUGUUUUAAAAAACAACAAGACUGCUCGAGAAAAUUCAUGUUUUGUUGAGCAAGAAAUUGAAAAUCUAUUGCUUAAAGGCAUAGUAAGUGAAAUUGAUAGUAUUCCUUAUGUAGUCAAUCCUUUAACCGUAACCUACAAUAGAAAUGGAAAACCAAGGAUAGUCUUAGAUUGCAGACACAUUAAUCCUUUUUUACACCAGUUCAAUGUGACGUUUGAAGACAUAAAAGUUGCAGAAACAUUAUUUGACAAAAACUCUUUUCUAUUUACUUUCGAUCUGAAAGGAGUAUAUCACCAUAUAGACAUUUUUCCAGAGCACAGAACAUAUUUGGGGUUUUCAUAUUCUAGAUCAGGACAUACAAAGUAUUACGUUUACAAUUCUUUACCAUUCGGCAUAAAAACAGCAGGACACAUAUUUACGAAACAUUUGAAGGUAGUUGUUACAUUUUUAAGAGCAACUGGACAUAAAAUCAUAAUGUUUCUCGAUGAUGGGAUCGGUGGUCAUUCAGAUUAUGAAAAAGCUUUGCGCUCAAGCGAGUUUACCAUGCAAACGUUGGUUGCUUUUGGCUUUUUACUUGCUGACGAAAAGUGUAAUUGGGUACCGACACUGAGAUUAGUUUGGCUUGGGCAUGUUCUAGAUAUGGCACAGAAUAUGAUUUUUAUAUCAUAUGAAAGAAUACAAAGAUUAGAAAUUACAUUAGAUUCCGUGAUAUAUCAGGUAUGUCGAGAUAGAGCAAAUAUAGUUCCAGUAAAAGUGUUGGCCAGAGUCGUCGGACAGAUAAUAUCAUUACAAAGCGUAAUAGAUAACAAAGUUCGUUUAAUGACAAGAGAAUUAUUCAAUUGUAUCAAUGCAAGAGCCAGUUGGAAUGCUCCUGUUAAAGUAACAGAUUUAGCCAUGAAUGAAUGGAAUAAAAUGGGUACAUAA